CCACGUAGGUCCCCCUCCCACCCCAAAAAAAAGAAAUUGAAAAACAAUUUCAUUGUAUUCAAAGCUUAUAUAUAUGCGCGCAUCACAUGUUAACUUCCCCGGUCCAUAUUAGUAUGAGACAUGGGUAGUUUUAAAAAGCAAGAAUCCUCAAUAUUUUGUUAUGUUCUGUUUGUGUUUCUCUUUUCAUUUCCUUUAAUUCCCAAAUCAGUAGUAGCACAACCACCACCAACAACAGGCAACGGAUAUCAAUAUGCAAAACUCAGUCCCCCUUUAGCAAUUAUCAUAAUUGUUUUAAUUGCAGCACUUUUUUUCAUGGCUGCUUUCUCUGUUUACAUCCGACACUGCACACAAUCCUCAACCAUGACAGGCAGUGUCCGAAGAGCUCUGUCGUUGCGCCGACGCGCUGCUGCCGCGCGUGGACUACACGCGUCGGUUAUUGAGACGUUUCCUAUUUUAACUUAUGCUGAGGUUAAAGAUCACCAAAUUGGUAAAGGUGCUCUAGAAUGUGCUGUUUGUUUGAAUGAAUUUGAAGAUGAUGAAACGCUGCGUUUAAUACCAAAGUGUGAUCAUGUUUUUCAUCCUGACUGUAUUGAUGCUUGGUUGGGGUCACAUGAUACGUGUCCAGUUUGUAGAGCUGAUCUUAACCCUCAACCCGGUGAACCGCCGGUUCAAGUUCCCGAAUUGAACCGGGUUGAACCGGAGAUUGACCAACAAGAGCAAAACGAUGAAGUUUCGAUACACAUAGUAAAUGACGAAGAACAAAGACAACAACAAGAGGAAGACGGCUCUGUUAGAUCGAGAGGAAACCGAGUUUCCAAGCAAGAUGAACCGGGUUCAGCUAAACCGGGAGUUAAAAGAAACUUGAGUUUCAACAUCCCGGUUCGUGCACCAAGAUCAGUUUCAAUGAAGCCAAGGAUAUUCAGCAAGUUCAGAUCACAUUCAACCGGUCAUUCAUUAGUAUUACCUGGUGAAAAUUUAGACCGGUAUACACUAAGAUUACCUGAUGGGGUUCGUAAAGAAGUAAUGAACCGGGCAUUAUUGAACCGGGCUAAAAGCUUUGGUGGAGCCACCGGAAGUUCAAGAAAAGGGUACAGAACCGGUAAUAAAAGGAUUGAGUUAUCUGAACCGGAAGUUAAAUCGGACCGGUGGGUUUUUACUAUGGCCCCACCAUUCUUUUCUAGAGGUUCAUCAAUGAAGUUACCAAGCAGUGAAGGGUCCACCUCGGGAAGUGUGAGAACCGCUGUGAAAUUGCCGUCGUUUAAAUGCCUUGAACCGAAAGGCGAUGAAACGUAUUUGAUGACGUCAGCUGACUCGGCUAGACCGCCGGUUUAGUAAAAUUUCCGGCCCGGUUCGGUGUAAACCGUAAUCAUUGGAGUCGGCAAUGGCUGUAGGAAAUGUUGGGUACCCUCACCUUGAAAAUUAAGGCCUUGACUUUUACGGGAAGGUAUAAUAGCCCAAAGUUGACUUUCUAGAAAUUUACUGGUAUACUACUAGAAAAGCAUUUUUGUUUUAAUUUUUUUUUUUUUUUUGCAAAAUCUUCAUUUUUUUUUUGGGUUAUUUGUUAGUAUAAAGAUUUUGUGCAUAUAUACCUGUAGCUGCUGUAAUAAUUAAAAAAAAAGUCUCUUGUAAUUUUAUUUUUCCUUUUUGGAUAAUGUCUUCUAGUGAGUAGUACUAGAUGAUGUAAGUGUGUGUAUUUCUUAUUCUUGAUUUUAUUGUCUAAUUGCAAUUUUGGCCAAAACGAAUACUCCUACUAAUUUGCUUUCCUC